CUGGCGCACGCUAGUACCCACCCUUUCUUCCAGUGAAAUAAAGCCCCCUGAGAGAGAGCGAGAGCUCCAUUCACCUCCUCCCCCCCUCCCAACUCCCCCUUAAAAUUUUAGAGGACAAGAGUCGAAGACUUUGUCUACGAGAAUUAGGCUUUCUGGAUCCGAUCGGAGCUCGGAAUCGUCUCUUCGGGAUGAGGGUAAUGGAGCAGACUUGGUCGUCGUAGGGUUAUUUCUUCUUUCCUUUGGAUCGGAGGACGAAACCCUAGCUCCGGCGGCAUCGAUUUUGGUUCGCAGAUGUGGGGGGAGGGAGGGCGCUUCUACUGGGGGAGGAAGGACGGAAGGGAGGGGAUCGUCGUGGUGUUCGCGUGGCUGUCGAGUCAGGAGAGGCACCUCAAGCCCUUCAUCGAGCUCUACUCGUCCUUCGGGUGGAGCUCGCUCAUCUGCCAUGCUGAUUUCCUCACCUUAUUCUUCCCUGAGAAGGCUACUUUACUGGCCGAUGGUGUUCUUAAAGAGCUUGUUAAGGAAGUAAAGAUUAGACCAUUACCUAUUACACUUGUGGCAUUUUCCGGUGGAGCAAAAGGGUGCAUGUAUAAGGUUCUUCAGUUGAUCGAUGGAAAAUGUGAGGGACAACUUAGUCUGGAUGAAUAUCAACUGGUAAGAGACUGUGUAUGUGGUCAAAUAUAUGAUUCUAGUCCUGUAGAUUUUACCAGUGAUUUGGGCACUCGGUUUGUCCUUCAUCCUUCCAUCCUCAAGAUGUCUCACCCACCUAGAGUUGUAUCAUGGAUGGCCAAAGCCCUUGCAUCUGGUCUAGAUACUCUCUUCAUAAACAGAUUUGAGGCACAGCGUGCUGAGUAUUGGCAGACCCUGUACUCUUCAGCUAACAUGGGCCCAUUUCUCAUAUUCUGUUCAGACGAUGAUGAACUUGCCCCCUACCCAGUUGUGUGUACUUUUACUCAGCGCCUACAAGAACUUGGAGGUGAUGUUAAACUGAUAAAAUGGAACAGCUCCCCUCAUGUAGCAGGUCAUUACAAACAUCACCCAGUUGAAUACAAAGCUGCUGUUAGUGAACUGCUGUGCAAGGCAGCUCUAGUCCAUUCCGAAAGAAGGCAACAAUCGCAUGGGGAAACGGCAUGUGCGGGAGGUUCCUCCAACGAAAUACCCGAGUCUGUUUGCAGUCUCCAUAAGGCUGCAGUAACCUCAAAUGAGAGUCUAAGAAGAGUCGCAAUUGAUCCAACAGAUCAUUUCUUCUUACCAAGCUCCAUGGAGUACGAAGCUAGAGAAGAUGAGAAAAAGGGUGAAUCUUUCCACAUGCAGAAUGUACCGAGCAUCAAUGCUCAUGGUGUUCUGGGCCAGAUCCUUUUUGAUGUUUGCGUUCCUAAGAAUGUAGAAGGGUGGGAUAUAAAGCCUAUUACGUCCUUGAAUGGAAGGCAGUCAUUUGCUUCCGCUCGUCGGCAUGGUUUGUUUAAUCCAAUCAAAUGCAUAAGGCGCUCCAGAUUGUAGAACCGGCUCUUGAUUUUAAUGAUGGAAGAUCGCUGAGUGGGGGCUUUGAUGGCUGUGAAUAUGUUCUCAAGCCUGGAAUAACGGAUAAGUGAAAAUAAUAAAUGUGCUGCAUUUAUGCUUUCUUUUUUUAAAAAAAAUAUGUACAGAGGAGUCUGCAGCCUUGGUAGUUUUUGGUUUGUGAGAACACUUUGCCUCAGAGGCUGUGAUAGCAAAUAGGGGACGUCCGUGUAAUGCAUGCCCGUCUGGUAGAACCGUAGAAAGGACGUGAGAGCAACUGUUCGUGUGGUUUAUCUGUGCUGCUGUGCGCGUGGCGCCAUGACUCUCCAACUCUUCUUUGGGAGAUUCAUGCUCACGUUUUGUAAUCUCUAACUGUAUCUUUUCGUUCUUAAUCUAACUCUUAUCUUUCGUUCUUCUUUCU